AUGGGUUUCGACACGAACGAAAACGGGCAAGAAUCGAUCACAGAAUUUUUCCUGUUAGUUCACCGGAGAACGGGGGUGCAAAAUUCCAAGGCUGUGGAUGAAGAGCUUGAAAAUCGCAUAUUUAAAUGGACAGAAAAGGAAACUGGAAGUCUCUUCUCAUUGCUUCGAAAGAAAACUGAGAGGUCAUCUAGGAGAAUUGCCUUCCAGGAAAGACUUGAAGAAGGAUACUCCUAUGGAGGAAACGAAUAUGUGAUUAAACAGGUGAAAUUCCACGGGAGAUUGACAAUUUGCAAUUUGCAAGGUCUACAGUUUCUAGCUCUCGGUUCCAAUAGUUUAACUGCUGGUCUCCUCCCGUCAAGCAUCUUCAAUAUUUCUUCUUUGGAGUUAAUUCAUCUUGGCAACAGUGGCCUAUUCGGUAGUCUCCCAACGGAUAUCUGCAAUCAUCUUCCAGCACUUCGGCACCUUAGACUUUCUCGUAAUAUGAUCAGCGGCACUAUUCCAAAGAAUAUCAACAACUGUACUUCUCUAGAAUUUUUAUGUCUGGAUGAAAAUCGCCUGACAGGUGAAAUUCCAGACGAGAUUGGGAAUUUGCAGAGUCUACGAGACUUGGCCCUAGGUUCCAAUGGCUUAACUGGUAUAAUUCCAGCAUCAAUCUUCAAUAUUUCAACCAUAGAAAAAAUUUAUCUAUCCCUGAAUAACCUUUCGGGCUGUUUACCAUCAAGCUUUGGCCAAUGGCUUCCGAACCUCGUGCGUCUUACCAUAGGGCACAAUAAACUUACUGGAACAAUCCCCAACUCCAUCUCCAAUGCUUCCAAACUCACUUUCGUAAGUCUAGACGGAAACUCAUUUUCUGGCCUUUUUCCAAAUACAUUUGGCAACUUGAGACUCCUUAAAUUGCUUAGCCUUGCGGGAAAUAACUUGACCACUGAAUCACCCACUACAGAAUGGAGUUUUCUCUCUUCUUUGACAAAUUGCAGAGAACUUGAAAUUCUUUACUUAGAUUCUAAUCCAUGGUAUGGCGUCCUUCCCCUUUCAAUUGGGAAUAUAUCUGCAAAUCUUCAAUAUUUUGGAGCAAGGAAUUGCAAAAUCAAGGGCAGCAUUCCUGUAGAAAUUGGUAACUUGCAUAGCUUGUUGGUUUUAGACCUUUCGAUGAAUGACUUUAAUGGAUAUAUGCCAACAACUGUGGGAAGAUUACCCAACCUCCAACGUCUAAAUCUCAGAAAUAACAAUUUGCUGGGAUCCAUUCCAUAUGAGCUUUGUAUCUUAGAGAAUUUCUAUGAAUUAUACUUAAGUGCCAAUGAUCUCUCCAGACGCAUACAACCGUGCUUGGUGAGAUUGAUUUCUCUAAGAUAUCUUUACUUGGACUCCAAUAGAUUGACUUCUGAUAUACCAUCGGCCUUAUGGAGUCUUAAAGACAUCUUGGAAGUAAAUCUGUCAUCAAAUUCUUUAAGUGGUUCCUUCUCUUCAGACUUACAAAAUUUACAUGUCAGAGUUCUUGAUUUAUCAAAGAAUCAAUUAUCAGGGAAUAUUCUUGUCACUCUCGGGCACAUUGCAACUCUAGAAACUCUAUCUUUGGCUGACAAUAAAUUUGACGGGCCUAUCCCUACCACAUUUGGCAUUUUGAUAAGCUUGGUAUCACUGGAUCUCUCAAACAACAGUCUCUCAGAGUAUGGAUCAAUGGGGAUUGCUUCCACAAGAGGUGAUGUCUACAGCUUCGGUGUUUUAUUGAUGGAAACUUUCACAAGAAAGAAGCCUACAGAUGAGAUGCUUGUUGGAGAAAUGAGUUUAAAGAAUUUGGUAGAGUCGUCAUUGCCUCAUGCAGUGACUGAAGUUGUGGAUGCUAAUUUGUUGAGAGACCAGAAUCCUUUUGAUGCCAAAGUGAAUUGCAUGUUAAGCAUCAUGGACUUGGCUUUGAAUUGUUCAAUGGAGUCACUUGAACAGAGGAUCAGUAUGAAAGAUGCAUUAGCAAAACUCAAGAAGAUCAAAUUGCAGUUUCAUAAAGAUGUUGGGGCACCUAAUUAA